AUAGCGUUGAAAUCACUCGCAGUCUCUUGCCCAGCAGACCGCUUGCUUCUUCAGCGGGUAUUUGACUGUGUGCAUUCCCUUAUCACGCGCAAGCAGGUCUGCGGAUCGCGUCCCUUCCUCCCUCUGCGCGCAGGAUGGACCCGAAGAUAACCGAAUCGGACCCUCCACCAUAUCGCAAAGGAAUCACCCAGGUUAUGCAGUACGGGGAAUUCACAGCCACCGGCAACCGAAAGGUGAGGUACGCGGUGAGUUUAACCGAGAGAGAUCUCACCAUUCAGAAGAUCACGUCAACACCUGCGGGACGGAGCAAGGUGGUUUUUAACUUGAGGGACUGUGUCGGCUGCCGGGCUUUCAGCGCAGAUGACAACGCGGACGCGUACUUCUCGGUCUAUUUCUACCCCUUUAAAAGACGAUGGAUGAGCUCUGGAGUGGCCAGGCAGCGAGUCGAGCAGUGCUUUCGGGUAUCCCAGUUCCAGGACCCACGCGCCAACCUGGAGGAGGCAGAGAAAUGGGCUGGCACCAUCCGGGAGAGCUCUGUUCGUCAACAACAUUUGAGAAAUCGUGUGCUUUACAGUGAGGUGCACCGUCCCUGCAGCGUCAUGCUACUGGUGAACCCCCACAGUGGGAAGGGCCAGGCCCUCAGCCUCUUCACCGGACACGUCCAACACAUGCUUAACGAGGCCGGUGUCCCACACACUCUGGUCAUCACUGAGCGGCAGAACCAUGCCAGGGAGUUGGUGAGAGAGGCUGACCUGUCACAGUGGGGUGCUCUAGUCAUCAUGUCCGGGGACGGACUGCUGUUUGAGGUUGUGAAUGGCCUGAUGGAGAGAGAGGACUGGGAGGAGGCCAUCCAGACCCCACUGGGAAUUCUACCUGGGGGCUCUGGUAACGCCCUGGCUGCCUCUAUACACCACUACUCUGGGGCCCAGCCGGUGUCGAGCGAGGAGCUGCUGGUCAGCUGUGGCUUCCUGCUGUGUAAGGGCCUGGUGUCUCGCAUGGACCUGGCCUCUGUCCACCUGGGCUCCAGCCCCUCCAACCCCACCCGCCUCUUCUCCUUCCUCUCGCUGGCCUGGGGCUUUGUGGCUGACGUGGACGUGGAGAGCGAGAAGUACCGCCACGUGGGCGCCGCCCGCUUCACCAUGGGGACGUUGGUCAGGUUGGCAUCUUUGAGGGUGUAUAAGGGCCGCCUGGCAUACCUGCCGGUUGACGAGGUGGAUGGAGAGGAGGAAGAUAGGCAAUCGUCAGUCUCGUUGGAGGAGAUGACGAGCGUGUCACCUCAAUGCCAACCGCCAUCGUCUGCAUUCUGCUCCUCUACCCUCCUCUGCCGGCCUUCGAAGGACUCGCCGUGCCAGAACGCAGCUCACAACUCCCGUAACUCAAACAACGCCUUCAAGGCGAAGAAUUGGGAACCCAUGUCCGCUAAUGCCACCCUAACAGGCCCGCCAGACUCUCUCCUGGUGCCCCUGGACCAGCCGGUGCCCAGCGACUGGGUGGUGGUGCCCGAGGAGGACUUUGUCCUCAUGCUGGCCAUGUACCAGUCUCACCUGGCAAAGGACCUGUAUGCCGCACCCGACUCUACACUUGAUGACGGCCUCAUCCACCUAAUAUAUGUCCGAGCAGGCAUAUCACGCACGGCCCUGCUCCGUCUCUUCCUGGCCAUGGAGAAGGGCACCCACCUGGCCAACAACUGCCCCCACCUGGUGUACACCCGGGUGCGGGCGCUGCGGCUGGAGCCUUACUCGCCAAAAGGGGUGAUCACAGUGGAUGGGGAGGUGGUGGAGUAUGGGCCGGUCCAGGCCCAGGUACACGGCGGGAUAGCCAGGCUCAUCACUAGAUGAUUAACAAGAUCCACUGGAUAGAUGGCUAGCGUUAGCAUGUUAUGCUAAUAGUAUGCUACACUAAAAGCUAACAUUAGUUAGCAUUUUCUGGAUGAUGCUAUGCUAACAAUUAGCGUUAGCAUUUUCUGCUUACAUCUUAAAGGGAGGUGGGAUUAAUGUACUUUUUAGUCUUCUCUCUGAAUUUAUUCUUUGAAUUGAAGGUUUGGAUUGGAUGUGCCAUGAAGGAGGAGCAAGGCAAGAACACAAAGUUCAAUGAGUGGGUACGUUUCAUUUCUACAGAGCCCAAUGUUCUCAAUCUCCCAUUCAUUAGCAUUUAGGCUGUUCUAAGAUGGCUUCCCACUAGCACAAACAACUGGCCUUUAAUUGGCUGUUCCAAGCUAUGACAUGAAUACAUUACUAGAACUAAGGUGAGAGGUCGAUCAAGAGCCACCUUACAUUGACAUGCAAACAAAUAUACUAAGACGUAUCUUCAAGUAAUUUGAUAUGUGCUUGUUUUAUACCUCAUAUUUCCAUGAACCACUAGCUUUAAAACGGCCUAGAGUGAGCGACACUGCCUUUAUUUAUUGUGCUGUGGCCUGUCCUGCAGAGGAAGGCAUGUAGCACAGGUCCAGGUUACGUGAUUGAUGACUUGUAGUGCCUGUAUCAGGUCUCCAACUGCAGUCUUGCCCCAUACCCCUCCCCCAUCCAUCCAUCCUUCUUCUCCAUCCAAUCCAUCCAUCCCCUCCUCCUCCCUUUCUCGACACUGCAGUGCACCACAGAGCAGUCCCAGUUUGUCUGCCUGCAGCUACAGCUGACACCAACAGUACACUACACUACACUACACACAUACACUGUACAGACCCCUUCCCCUUCUCAGCAAUCAUCACCUUAUCAUAAAGCUUGAAAACAGAGAAGAUAAACUACGAAAUGAUGACAAGAGCAACCUAAGGCUAAUGUGAUGCUAAUACAGUAGCUAGCCUGAGUUUACACUCGUCUUAGCCUUCUUCUGUACUGAUUCUGAAUUCUCGGGAACGAGGGUGAUUAUUUUGCCUUAAACACAAAAGGAAGAGGUGGCGCUUGAUUAAACAGCACAUUGGUCAGGGGAUUGAAAAGAGGGAGGGAUGAGGGAGAGUAUUGACUUGUUAAAUGCUGCAUGAGGGACCAGCAUUGUGUGGGAUGCAUCCCAAAUGGCACCCUAUUCUCUAUAAAGUGCACUACUUUUGAACAGGGCCCAUAGGGAUACAGACGUGGUCUUGGCACACGGCCCUUCUCCACAGAUACGCUGCUGUGGAGAAUGAACAUCAUGUUUAACAUAAGGUUCUGACUGACACUGGGAAAGAAAGAUGUUUAUGUUCAUCUUGUUCGCCUUAGAGGAUAAGAGGUCAUGGAACUGGGGGAUACCCUGAGAGAAUGUUGUUGGGCCUCAGUUUAUAUUUUUGGAGCCACAAAUGCCCCUGAUAUGACUGAGUGCUGAGUGCACAUUUGGGCCACAAGAUCUUCCCAAAAUGCAACAAUGUCCGUUUCAUGUUGUGAUAUUAUGCAAUGACUGGGUUUUUGAUGUUGCAAACCUGCCAUCAGUCCAGUCUAAAUAAUUAUAGAUGGGGAAGACUAAAAUUACAUAUUUAAAGAAAUGACAAAUGUGAUUUUAGCUGUGCCACAUGCAAAAGAAAGCACCCUUGCAUUGUUUAAAGUACAAAAUUAUUAACUCUGCUUUUAACCCUUUCAGGGACAUGAGCUCAUCUCAUUCCUCCCCCUACUGCCGAAUUGAUUGAGCUCAUCUGGCGUUCCUCCCCUACUGAUUGCUAUUUUAGAGCAGCAGCACAUGACUUUCAAAUCCUUACCUUGGUUGCGUUCUCCUUGUGUGCCACGUCCGACUGACAGAUUGCAACAGUAUUACAUGGUUAGCUGAUACAUAAAAAUACCUAUCUAGGAGUUGUAAGCUCUGGCAGUCGUCGGCAACACCUGGGCAGAGGAACGCACCCCUUAGCAUGCUGGAAAUCAAUGAGUUAUUAGGAUGGGGAAAUGGAGGUGAAAAUAUCAAGAUUCACAAGAGUCGCCUUAUUUCAGUUCCUCCAUGAGAAAUUGUUCAGAAUUCUGAUUUUCACGGGAGUGUUCUGCUUGGCUCAGGUGUGAUAUAUGCUCAAAUCCAUUCCUUGUAGCUAGCUUGGGUCAUGAGAUUUUCCUGACCACUUCACUUGACCAGAAAACUCUGUGCCCUACUCAGCCUAUGCAGCCCCUGGCACUUUCUCAGUUGUAACAAUUCUUACCCUCUUAAUUUUCUCUGCUCGUUUGCACUGGUUGGUGAAAACAUGGUGGAAGCUCAUCAGUAGGCUGGCUUGCUUUCACCUGGCCAGUUAUUUUAGAUCAGAGCAAUGCAGGAAAGGAAACAAGGACGGGUUUUAAAUGAUUGAGAGAGCCCCUGAAACUGUUUGGUGUGCCUUGAACAUGUUGCCCCUUAGUGGUGGGAAGAGGGGUGUGUACUGUACUGAUGCUUAGACUUGAUACCGGUCCUAUUAAUGUUCAAUAUUUCAUUUCCUCAUUGGAUAUCUAAGGGGACGGACCAACUCCUGUAACCCAUUUCCAGUUGAAUUGAGUGCUUGCUUAAGAACAAAAAAAAAUUAGCAUUGAUGCAGCUUAGAUGUCCCCGUUUGAAAACUCAGGCACAGGCCCUAAUAUACUCCAUUGCUGACAUUUGAAGGUGUCUAGCUAAAGAACUUCAGUCCGGUACGAACCCAAAACUCUUGGAUUUGUUAGAUGUAACCGUCUUACUGCUGCUGCUUGACUUGUCUUAUUGACAGUGUUUUUCAGGUGUAUUUGGUGAAGGGGUAGUAACUGUUCUUUUUAUAAAUCUUGAUUGAUGUUCUUUACUUGAGUUGAAUACAGAGUUCUAUUUUUCCACUUGGCAAAAUGUUGAAUCAAAUAAAGUGAUAACCAAAAC